GGUACAGUGCGACGUAAGAGGUUGCGGCAACCAUGGAGGGAGGAGGAGCCGGGGCUGGAGCCGCCGCCGCCGCCUGACUGAGGGGGACUCUCAUCUAUUGAUUAUCCUGAGGUGUUCUUCACCCUCUUUUCGCCCCUCUCCGUCGCCUCCUCGCCGGGUGAUGAAACAGGGACGGCAGAAAAGUCCCCGCCACUUGUAACGUGAGGGGGGCGAAAGCGGGCGGUCGUCGAGGGGCGACUCACCCCGGGAGGAGGGGGUGAUGGUGGCGGUGAUGUCGAGCGGUUUCACAGGUUAAAUGGAACCUGCCUUUGCAACCCUGAAGAUCCAGGCUGACUUGUGCACUGCAUAGCAGCUAUUCCAAAGGGACCACAGACAUGAGUGGAGGGGGCGAGCAGCCUGACAUAUUGUCAGUCAGUUUCCUAGUAAAGGAACGAUGGAAAGUGUUGAAAAAGAUUGGAGGUGGGGGCUUUGGUGAAAUCUAUGAAGCUGUAGACUUUUUGACCCAGGAGAAUGUUGCUCUCAAAGUGGAGUCAGCCCAGCAACCAAAGCAGGUUCUCAAAAUGGAAGUUGCUGUUUUGAAGAAACUACAAGGGAAGGAUCACGUUUGUAGAUUUAUUGGCUGUGGAAGAAAUGACCAAUUUAAUUAUGUUGUUAUGCAGCUACAGGGUCGGAACCUUGCAGAUCUACGACGCAGCCAGUCGAGAGGUACAUUUAGCAUCAGCACUAUUCUACGACUGGGAAAACAAAUUCUUGAAGCAAUAGAAAGUAUUCACACUCUGGGCUUCCUUCACAGGGACAUCAAACCUUCAAACUUCGCAAUGGGUCGUUUUCCGAGCACCUGUAGAAAAUGUUUCAUGCUGGACUUUGGUUUGGCACGACAGUUCACAAAUUCCUGUGGAGAUGUUAGACCUCCUCGGGUGGUGGCAGGGUUCAGAGGCACAGUGCGCUAUGCAUCAAUCAAUGCCCAUAAAAACCGGGAAAUGGGCCGACAUGAUGACCUCUGGUCCUUAUUUUACAUGUUGGUGGAGUUUGUCAUUGGGCAGCUACCAUGGAGGAAGAUAAAGGACAAGGAACAAGUAGGCCUAAUUAAAGAAAAAUAUGAUCACCGCCUUAUGUUGAAGCAUCUCCCACAAGAGUUUGCUUUAUUUCUGGACCACGUUCUCUGUUUAGAUUAUUUCACAAAACCGGAUUAUCAGUUGUUGAUGUCCGUGUUUGACAGCAGCAUUAAAGCACAUGGGGUUGUUGACAGUGAUCCUUUUGACUGGGAGAAAACUGGGAUGGAUGGAUCUUUCACCAUGAUAACCACCUCUACCACUCCUCAGCUACAUACACGGCAGACACCUGCUGCUCUUGGAAUCGCCAAUGCUUCACUGGUGCCAGGAGAUCUGAUGAAAGAAAACACUGAUGAGGUAUUGCAAGAUGAACAGCUCAGUGAUGGCGAGAAUGCUAUUCCAGGAGUUAUUUGCCCUGAAAGGAUGGCAGAAAUUCAAGGAUCUCAAAACCCACAAACUCCUUACGUUGGAGAGAAGGAUGUUUGGGAAGAAAUGGACAUUAACAGGAACAAAAUGAAGAUCUCUGGCUACAAGGGGGUCGCUGAAGAAGAGAGCAGUCAUGGUGCUGGAAAUGUACCUCAAAAUGGGCCAAGCCUGGGAUCCCCUGUGAAGGUGCGCUCUGAGACUUUGCAACCAGAUCGGGAUAUGCCAUUGUUAAGAAAGUUGAGAUCAAUUCACAGCUUUGAGUUUGAAAAACGUCUCACCUUGGAGCCAAAGCCUAGCACUGAUAAAUUCUUGGAAGCUUGUUCCACAAAGCUCCAGGAAGACUUAUUGAGGGACGUUGCUGCUUCUCAGCCUCGGAAAGCCUCUGCUGCUGCUCGUACUGACAGAGUGUGGCAUUUUGAUGAGGAAUACAUUCCAGACAGUACAAAACCAGUCUCUUUGGGGUCUCCUGAGCAUGGUGAUGGUGUUGUUAGCAAUGGCUUUGUAGCACUCAAUUUAAGCUCCUGCAGGCAGGAGGUUGACUCCAAGGAGUGGGUCAUUGUGGAUAAAGAACGUGACCUCCAGGAUUUCAGGACAGACGGACGUCAGAGCCAGAAAUUAACCAGUCCAACUGGACGAACAGAUGAUGAGGAGCCAGAAGUCCUUGCAGAAGAUUCUCCUCAGGCUGAAGGAUUAAAGUUGGUCGAAGCCAUUUCAAGCAAAAGCAUGGGAUGUCCAAGGUCACCAGAAGCAGAGAGAGAGCAGCUGAACACAACUCAUUUGCCACAUCCCAACACUCCAAGGAAGCAGUGUCCCUUCCGAUCCCCGAGCCCUGUAGCAUUGUUAUCCUCUGAUUCGGAUCCACUUCACAGGAAGCAGUCAGAUUUGCACAGGAGCCAGUCAGCUGAGAACAAUUCACGCUCCCCUGGUCGCAGGCAGCUACCUUUCAUUCCAGGCAACACCAAGCUGCCUUCUGUCAUUCGCAUCUCCAAAGCUCAGCUCCAACAGAUAACAGCGUCUAAGCCUGCAGUAACACCAACUCAUGCUGCCUCUGUGGUUGCAGAGCGCGAUGAGCAGAGAGAGACUGAUCAACAUGCAGUAGAAAACACCAUUGAUCAAAAACAGCAAGCCCAUUUUCCGGAAGAGAAAUCAAGGCCAACUGUGGCAGUGCAUGGCCCCUUGUGUAAUGGUACCUUCAGUGCUGACCUUAAACUAGAACUGGACAUAGACACAAUUCAAAGGGAAGAGGCUAUCAGGACUGGUACAGUAGGAAGCAGUAACCAAGGUGAGAUAAUUGCAAAAACUAGUGUUCAUUCUGAGCACAACAGAGAUGACUCUCUCAAUUCAGCUCAAGAAGCUGAACGUAAAGACGGUCAAAUGAUUUCUGGGGAUGGAGGAAGUCAGCCUGAUGAAGGGCAGUACUCUUCAGGUGAAAGUGAACCCUUGGAGAAGCAACUACAAAUAGGUGGUGAAUGUUUGCCAUCAGCACAACUAGGGAGCUUGAGUUCUGUGCAAAAGCAUGAAGAAAUUAAAUCAUCUGAUCAUUGUUUAAAUGAUAUUAUAGCCAGCCCAGCUGCAGCUGGUGAAGUGCUUUCAAUUAGAGAGGACGAUGCUUUGUCUAAGUCAAUGGAGUAUACAAAGCUUGUAAUGGAUGGGCUGAAAGAUAAACUUCAUGACCAAGAAGAAAAUGGCUUUUAUAAGUAUAUUGAAGGUGAGACAGAUAAGGAACAACCUGCUAGCGUUUCGUAUGAAUGUGUAAAGAAAUUGCUUCAUGCUGCAGUAUCGGAGCAAGAGCACUGUGCCAAUAAUGUUGGAAAUGAUGGGUGUGAAAUAGGUUACAUUUCUGAGAUGAUGCAGAGAAAGAUUCAGGAACAGAACAACCUUUCAGAACUAAGUGGAUUCAGAAAUGGAGAUUUGAUUCACAUCUUGACAGUUGGUGAUAAUUCACUCCAUCCCAAGAAGGUUGAAGGCAAACCGUCCCUUCUCCGGCAAAGUCGUAUCCCAGUCCUCGCAUCUGAUGCAGAAAUAAUUUCUGAGUCUUCAGCUCCUGUCUCAGCUAAAGAGAAACUACUUCAAAAGAAGGCUCAUCAAACGGACUUAACAAGACAGUUAGCUGAAAAGAGACAACACACGCUCAGAACGUCCCUUCUGGGUGAUCUGUCAUCUACUUCUGAGAAGUCUGCAGAAGAGAAAAUGUCUGUCCCGUCAAUGACUUUGUCAGACGAUGGAACCCCUUCUGGACCUCCGUUAAAACCUGGAACAGAACAGCAAUCGGGCAAACAGACUGAUGAGGACUCUCUUCUAACCAGUCUUCAGUCCCGGAGAAGUAAAAUACCAAGACCGGUUUCAUUGACCAACACCGAACAAACCCCUACUUCAACCUCAACUCAAUUAGUCCCAAGGCCACCUCCAGGCAAGCCUCCAACUCGACCCAGUGUGGAGGUCCGGUUACGGCGAUACAGAGUUGUUGGAAGUGGUAGCUCCGAUUCUGACCUACUAACCCAUCUUGCUCAAAUCCUUCAAAAUGGAUCCCAAAAGACCCGAAGCUCCCCACAAUCCAAAAGCCCACAGUCUCCUCGCAGUCCCAAAACUCCACCCAAAAGUCCGGUGAUCCCCCGACGGAGUCCUAGUGCUUCACCCAGAAGCACCUCGUUGCCGCGCACUGCUAGCUCCUCCCCUUCACGUGGCCGCCCAUACACAGACCAGAGAAGCUCGUCGCCACAUUUUGCCAGAAGCCGCUCUCCUCCCAGUUACUCUGGGUCCUCGCCCUCCCGGAGAAGCUUCUUGCAGGAGCAUGGCUGUGGUAAACAGGGUAAAAAUAGCUUGAAGGGACCUGGGAGUCCUCACCACUUGUGUCAAAGUAAAUCCAUGAAGGGAAAGUGCUCAGGCAGAGAUGGCAAAAUAUCCAGUAAACUCAGCAGAUAAUAAUUUCUACAGUAUCUCUCCACCUGUUCUCCUGUUCCCCCACCCUCCUCUCUCUCCCCUCCCCCAGCCCCUCUCUCUCCCCUCCCCCACCCUCUGCUUCUCUCUCUCUCCCCUCCCCCUCCUCCUCUCCCCUCCCCCUCCUCCUCUCCCCUCCCCCUCCUCCUCUCCCCUCCCCCUCCUCCUCUCCCCUCCCCCUCCUCUCUCUCUCUCGCUUUCUCUCUCUUUCGCUUUCUCACUUUCUCUCCCUCUCUCCUGUGUUAAAUGUUGCUCCAUCUUUUAAAAUAUCUGCUACUGGACAGGAUGUUUGUGAUUUUUGAACAGGUACUGCUUUGUAUAAAAUUAAUCUAUCGCACAGGAUGUUGGGUAAACUCUGUGCAAUAUGCUGCUAGGUUUUAUUUUGGCUUCUGCUGCCUUGAGCUACUUGAGUAGGAUAUACUAGGCCAAUACUUCCAUCUUUAUCUUGUGUACAGUGUCCUCCUCCAAAACUUAACCUGUCCUUGUGCCAUUUUCAAUUGAGGGAGACCUCAGGAUCGUAAUUAGAAGAAAGGCUGCUGUAGUAUUUUCAAUCGCCAAUGUUUUUGCCAUCUUUUUAUGAAAAUGUCAACUGUGAGUUUUUUUUUAAUGUACAGGCUGUCUAGAUAUAAAUAAAAUUUAAUUUAAGUAACUGAAUUGAUUCAGGAUUCAUAGGAAGUAGUUAAAAUCAAAGUAGUUGAAAGACCAGAGUGCAUAUGUUUGUUGCAUACUGACAUCUGACAUGAGUAGUGUAGUUUUCCUGUUUUGUAAUUGUCCUAUAGAAUUAGAAGGCAAAAUCUCGAAUUACCUCUGUUAAAAGGAUAUAAAAUACUAGUUCUUUGAAAAUGGGCAUGAAUAGUGAUGUGACGUUGGGUUAGGAAGGUGUUGGGAUGGGGCGGGUAGAAUGCUGGGGGCAGGUGGGGAAUGGGGUGUUCAAAAAGCCUCUUCUUUUCCAUUAUUCUAAGUCUAGUCCCAACAGCGCUAGGCUCAAUAGCAACUUCAGAUGUAACUCCUUCUUUCUAACAAAAAUGGGGAAACCUCUGCUUUAUGUGUUUACCAACCUACUUUCCUUGUAACCACUGUGAUAUCAGACAUCAUGCAAACACAUAAUCAAGAGGAGGAAAAUUAAUGAGCCGUUGAUUUGGUAGUGAUAAAUCAACAAAAGAAAAUUAAGACAAAGUAUUUUAUGCGCAAUAAUUUUGCAUAAACUAAUACCAAUUAGCGUUUGAGUACCAUGUGCCUGUCUAAAAAAUGUUAAUGUAUCUUGACUAUAUAUUACUUUGCUGCCAAGGCAAGAAUCUCUGGUUGAAGGAAAAAGAGUUUCUUAAAAGAAACUUGUCAUGCGAAGCCUGUUUGUUAAAUGGAAAUCAUUUCGGCUAUCACUUUUUGCUAGCUUUCAGUGGGGUUCAGUUAUUUAACGUGUAAUAUUUUCCAUCUGUAUUGUAACGUGCUAGGUAAAUUAAAGAUUUAAGCUUUUCAACGACCAGCUUAAAUGCUUAAAAACAAAUUGAAGCCCUGUUUUAUGGUUUGUAUAUUGUAUUGUAAAUGUUAACAAUAACUGCAUGUCACUUGGUAAUAUAUAUUUAUUAAUUUCAUAUGAAUUAAACAGGCUGUAAGAUUGUUUUGCAUGCCUGAAUGCUAUUUACUUUACAGUUUUUCCCCUGCAUGCAAAACCUUAGUGUCGUAAUGGGGAACAUGCACUAUCAAGAUAAAACUUAAAAAAUGAGCUUCUUUAAGGUGUGAAACAGCAGAGGUGUUGGGUUUGUUAAUCCCACAGGGGCUAUAAUUGUAUCAGGAAGGAGAAUAAAUAGGACAUUUUUCUGUAAUUAAACUGUAAAGGCAAAAAAAAGUAAUACACAAAAAAUGCCAACCAAGUUAUUGUUUAUCCUGAGUGCCCAGUAGGUGUACAGCUGUUAACCCUUUAGCAUGGGCAUUUUAAACCUGCAAGUAUCCUUUUUUUGAUUUCCCUUGAACACAGUAUUUCAGUGCUUGCCCUUAUCAUGUAGUUCUCUUCCAAACAAAAUGUCAAAGAGUCUGUAGUGUUUGUCAUAGUUGUUUUCAAAAGGGAAAUUUUUAUAAAAAUCUAACAAAGUUGGGGUGGGGUGGGGGGCUGCGGGAGUCUUUGACAAAACAGAAGUUCUCUACUGUGGCCACAAUAGGAACUAUGGCAGCUUUAACCAAGUUUGGUAAGGUUAGUGCAGCAGGGAUGGAAUAGUGUUACUUCCACUGAAUUCAAAUAGAGGAUGCAGCAUCAUGCACCUACUCAAAGUGAAAUUACUGCACUUUUAAACCUGUAGACUGAAGUGACUCUAGAUUAAUAAUGUUAUCACUCAUAUGUAUGUAAUCUAGGCUAAUGAUAUAACAUGUAAAUUUAUGUCAAUGUAAUGUUCAAACAUGAGACAGUAAAGCUUUAUGCAUGCAUUCAUUAAAUUAAUCUGAAGUCAUUUCAAACUUUGUAUUUUAUGUUAAUAAUUAAGAGACAAGGAGUUACCAAAUUGCUGACCUUCCUCAGUCUGUCCACUUUAGCUACCUUGAGCUUUACGUACAAAUUGUGUGCACUGAAAGACUAAAUUGGCCAUGACUCUAGCAAAUGGUUGCAUUCAAGGUGCUAAAAGAUUUUUACGAUUUUUUUUGUGGCACCAAUUUCCUUUGACAAUAUUUCCUUCACUCCUGUUGGGCUUGUUGUUCAACGGCUCAUGGGAAUAUAUAAUCUGAUUUACAUAAGAUUUUUUAAAAAUGUGAAUGGAAAUUGGGCUCCAUGCAGGUCAAUCAAACUUCCUUCCUGGUAGAAGAUUGUACAUAAAUAAACUGCAUUGCUCAAGAUAUGGGCAUCAUGGCUACAUAAUAUGAAGAGGUGCAGAUACAAAAGGCUUUGCUAUUAUCAAGUAUCUAAAAGUUUCUAAGCUCUUAAGCUGAAGAAUAGAUUGCUAGGUGUUUCAUGUGGUGAUUUCUAUUCAUUGUCUUUGUAGUUAAAAGAAUAAUAUUUCCAAACUUAAAUUGCAUCUACUAGAUACUUUGAAUUUCAUUGCACAACUUGAAAGGAUGGGAAAUAAAGAUUUUAAUGCCUUUUAUGCUACUUUUGAUUAUCUUGGCCAAGAAUUGUGAUCUGUUUUAUGGAGCCCUAUUUAGCAUCAACAUAAUACUUUACAAAAGCAACAAUGAGUAUGAAAUGGUCUGGCAGGUUUCAUAGUCUGCAGAGUAUAUGCAGAUGAACAAAUGACAUACAUCAUUUGAAGGUAGGGUGUACAUAAAGAUGUAAUUAUUUAAGUUCUUUGAUUUGUAUCAUAUCAAAGCCUUGUACAGUGUUUUAUGUUGUGUUCUAAAAUUAUUUUGUAUUUUAUUUUUAUAAACCAGUAAAAUAAAAUAUUCACUAAGCAUGCCAACAUGUCUUGUGUAUUCCAAUAAAAAAAAGGCUGACAAAUAAUGGAUUGUUUUUAUUUUAUUAACCCCCCCCCCCCCCAAAUAAUCUUUGUCUCCUGUACUCAUUUGAUUUGUGUUUUGAAGGGCAUUUAUCUGUGGUAUGGAAAUCUAACUAUAAAGCCACUAAUUUAAUGACCCAUCUUCUUUCAACCAUCCAAAUAAAAAUGAAUUGAUUAA